AUGGAUCCUAUGCUGAUGUACCUUAUUUUCAAGUUGUUCUUUGUUUACGCCUACGCUGGCGGCGCUCCCAUGAUGUCGAACGCCACCACAACUGAUCCCACUAAUAACGACGAACCCCAGAAGGGCAGCAUGGUCCCCUUCUUUGUCGGUAUGGCACUCGGCUUCUCUUUUUGCAUGUUCUGCCUUUAUCUCGCCGGAGCAUGGUUUCUCCAAGGCAUCGGAGGUUUCAUCGGCACCCUCCUCCUCGGUAUUGUCCGUUUUCUGCCUCGAGUCAUCUUCACCGUCCCAGGUAAACUCAUCGUUGGCUUUGGCCGCCUCGUGGUUCGUGUGGGAGCCUGGGUUUACCGCCUCCCCGAUGCUGGACGAAACGUGAACAGACGCGGCCGCGGCGCUGCCUACUUGUGGCCCGGCUUCGCUCACGUGGAGACGUACAUCCCAGCCAUUUAUACCCAGUCUCUCCUACGAAAGCUCCGGAACUUGGGCGCUGUGCACACCAGAAUGGUGGUGCUCAGCGAGGGUCCCUUUGCCGCCCACUACGCUCAUGUCCGCAGCGACGAGGCCUUGUAUCGGGAAUCUCUAAAUAGCCGCCGGGAUUACGUCCUAUAUGAGCUCGGCGGCCUUCACAGGGCGUUUGUUAGCAUCGGAGAUGAGCAGAACGCCGCUCUCGUCGACCAGCUCCUCUCUGGAGUCCAGACGGCUUUUGGCCAGGCCGAGGCCGAGGCUCAUCGGGCCUUCCGCCGCCGUGGCCAUGGUGGUGCCCGUGGUGGUGCGCAUGGUGUCAACCAGGGCUGA